AAUCCAUCCGUCCUGAACUCAUAAGUGCCAUUAGAGAUUCUAAGUUCGGCAUCGUCUUGCUCUCGAGGAACUACGCUUCUUCAAAGUGGUGUCUUGACGAACUAGUUGAGAUUAUGAAGUGCAAGAAAGAGUUGGGUCAAACUGUGUUGCCCAUUUUCUAUAAAGUUGACCCGGCUGAUAUAAAGAAGCUUACCGGAGAUUUUGGAAAGGGUUUCAGAAAGACUUGUGCGGGUAGAAGCAAAGAAGAGACUGAGAGAUGGAGACAAGCUCUGGAGGACGUAGCUACAACCGCUGGUUACCAUUCAAUCAAGGGGGAUAAUGAAGCGGACAUGAUCGAAAAAAUAGCCAGUUAUGUUUCAGCAGAGGUGCUAAAUACUGUGUCAUCAAGUGUUUUGGGCGGUUAUGUUGGGAUGAGAGCUCAUAUGGCUAAGAUGGAACAAUUAUUAAGCCUUGACUCUGAUGAAGUGAGGAUGAUAGGGAUUUGGGGUCCUUCUGGAAUUGGUAAGAGCACCAUUGCCAAAGCUCUAUUCGAAAAAUACUCAAGUGAGUUCGAGCUUAGUGUCUACAUGGAGAAUAUCAGAAGACGAUAUCCAAUACCUUGUCAAGAUGUAGACAGCACACAACUGCAGCUACAAGCAGAGAUGUUAUCUCGAAUAACCAACCAGCAGGAUAUCAAGAUUCGUCAUUUGGGUGUUGCACAAGAGAGAUUAAAACACAAAAGAGUACUUGUCAUUCUUGAUGAUGUGAACCAUCUGCUGCAUCUCCAUGCACUGGCUAAAGAAGCUCGGUGGUUUGGUCCUGGAAGUCGGAUUAUCAUUACAACGCAAGAUAAAAGAGUUUUGCCUACACAUAAGACUAUUAACCAUAUACAUGAGGUGGGUUUCCCAUCUGACAAUAAGGCUCUUAAAAUCUUUUGCACGUAUGCUUUUGGUCAAAAGUCACCGUCUAAUGGUUUCGAGAGCCUAGCUCGGAGAGUUACACAACUUGCGGGUAACCUCCCUCUAGGACUAAUGAUUAUGGGAUCUUAUUUCCGGGGAAAGUCGAUGCAGGAGUGGGAAAUGGAAUUACCAAGGUUAUGGAGUAGCCUUAACGGAGAAAUCAAAAGCAUUUUGAAGUUCAGUUACGAUGCUUUGUCUGAUGAAGAUAAAGAUUUGUUUAUCUAUAUAGCAUGUUUCUUCAAUGACGAAUGGAUUGAUCGAGUGGAAGAAUUUCUAGCAAAUAAUAUUUCUAUUGUGAGAUAUCGUCUUCAUGUUUUAGCUGAUAAAUCUCUUAUAUGUAUCGACCGUGGAUGGAUAAGAAUGCAUAAUUUGCUAGCGAGUUUGGGUAGAGGAAUUGUUCGUAAACAAUCAAUUCAUGGCCCUGGGCAGCAGCAGUUUUUGGUUGAUGGUAAAGAAACAUGCCAAUUACUGAGGAACUCCUACUACACACAAGGUACUAACGUAAUAGGCAUAGAUUGCGAAUAUUCUGAGAUCGAAGGUGGGCUGUAUAAAAAUGACAAAGCGUUUGAAAAAAUGAGUAAUCUCCAAUUCUUUGCCUUCUAAUUUCGAUCCGGAGUUCCUCGUGGAAAUAUACAUGCCUUCAAGCAAUCUUGAGAAACUCUGGGAAGGAAGUCGAAGAAUUAGAAAUCUCAAGCGGAUGUAUCUGAGGGAUUCUAAAAACCUGAAGGAGGUUCCUAAUCUCUCAACAGCCACUAAUCUCUGGAAAUUGGAUCUCAGUGGUUGCUCAAGUUUGGUGAAGCUCCCAUCGUCUAUUGGAUAUGCUACCAAUCUCAAUGAACUGUUUCUCAGUCGUUGCUCAAGUUUGGUGGAGCUCCCGUUUUCCAUUGGGAAUGCUACUAAUCUCAAGAAACUGAAUCUUAGCGAUUGCUCAAGUUUGGUAGAGCUCCCAUUUUCUAUUGGCAAUGCUACUGAUCUCACAGAACUAGAUCUCCGUGACUGCACAAGUCUGGUGGAGCUCCCGUCUUCUAUUGGAAACCUCCAUAAGUUGUCGUCGUUUAUUUUGAAAGGUUGCUCAAAGAUAGAAGCCGUUCCGGUCAACAUCAACAUGGAAUAUCUAAGGAUACUUGAUCUCGCUGAUUGCUCAUCCUUGAAAACAUUUCCUGAGAUUUGCGCAAACAUUCGACGUCUCAGUCUCAAUGGAACUGGAAUAGAAGAUAUUCCUUCAUCAAUCAAGUUAUGGUCUCGUGAUCUUUAUCACUUUGCUGUGUCAUACAGUGAACGCCUUGUGAGUUCCCCGCGUGCUUUUGACGUCAUCACGGAGCUGCACGUGUGUGAUCAAAGAAUUCAAGAACUUGCUCCAUGGAUCAAGGGAAUGUCACGUCUACGUAAACUUAUAAUCAGUGGAUGCACAAAGAUAGUUUCACUCAUGCAGCUUCUUCCAGACUCAUUGGAAACCCUAGAAGCGAAAAACUGUGAGUCCCUAGAGAGAUUAGAUUCUUCUUUCCUCAAUAAGAAUCUCCACAAGUUGGAUCUCAGUGGUUGCUCAAGUCUUGUGGAGCUUCCGUCCUCUAUUGGAAAUGCUACUAAUCUCAAGGAGUUGAAACUCAGUAAAUGCUCAAGUCUCUUGGAGCUCCCUUCCUCUAUUGGAAACCUUCAGAAGCUGCAGAGGUUGACUUUGAAAGGUUGCGAAAAGCUAGAGUCCAUUCCGGUGAAUAUCAACAUGGAAUCUCUCAAGGAACUUGAUCUAGCUGAUUGCUCAUCGUUGAAAACAUUUCCUGAGAUUUCCACAAACGUUGAACGCCUCAAGCUGAAGGGAACUAAAAUAGAAGAUAUUCCUUUAUCGAUCAGGUCAUGGACUCAUCUUCAUCACUUGUCUAUGCCAUACAGUGAAAGCCUUAGGAAAUCCUUGAAUACUUUUGAUCUCAUCACGGUGCUAUGCUUGUGUGAUAAGAGAAUACAAGAACUAUCUCCAUGCAUCAAGAAAAUGUCUCGUCUACGUAAACUUGUAAUCAGUGGAUGCACAAAGCUGGUUUCACUCCCGCAGCUUCCGGAAUCGUUACGAUACCUAAAAGCAGAAAACUGCGAGUCCCUGGAGAGAGUAGAUUCUUCUUGUUGUUUUCAAAAUGUUGGUGCCAACUUUGGUAAUUGCUUCAAACUGAAUCAAGAAGCAAGAGAGUUGAUCGUAAGGAGUUGUAGAUUUGCGGUUUUACCUGGUGAAAAAAUUCCUACGUACUUUCUUUGGCAGGCAACAGGGAGUUCCCUGUCAACGAAAUGGAAUGUCACGGAUCAUCAUAUACCAGUGAUGGGGUUGAAGGCUUGCGUCUUGGUUGUUAAUAAGGGUGACGCCGAGGUUGGUGAGAGGAAAGAAUUGGAUGUAUAUUAUUGUAUCAAGGAUGGUAGCACCAGUGUAAGACAUAGAUCAGGAAUACACUCGCAGCGUUUUCCAAUUUUAAACGAGCAUCUCUACAUUUUCAAAAUGGAAGAAAAGGUGAGUUGCAAGGAAUCAUCAGUCUUUGAGUUUGAAGUCAGAGAUGAGAAAUGGGAGGUUAGAGAAUGCGCUCUAAAUUUGGUUCCACAACUUUGAUUUUUUGUGUUAAUGUCUGAUUGGAUUAACUGAUGAAUUCACAAAAAAAAUCUCAUUAUAGGUCUCUGUUAAACGAUCAAGAUC